CUCGCCAGUAGCCAAUUGAGAGAAGGGAGAGGAGAACCGAAGCCCCCUAAGAGCCAAUGGCAGGAGGCGGAGGAUGACGCUACGGACAUGGCGGCCGCAGUCGGCCAGCUCCGGGACGUGUCUGGCCGCUGGGUAACCUCAGUCGGUGCCCCGGGAGAGAAGCAGCGGCUCUAUUAGUAAUCGUACCCACGAGGCAGCGCAGCCGUCCCUCAGGGAGAGCGAGCGUCGCAGCAAUGGCUUAUCACUCGGGCUACGGAGCCCACGGUUCCAAGCACAGGGCCCGGGCAGCUCCUGAUUCCCCUCCCCUCUUUGAUGAUACAAGCGGUGGUUAUUCCAGCCAACCUGGGGGAUACCCAGCCCCAGGAGCCGAGGUGGCCUUCAGUGUCAACCAUUUGCUUGGGGACCCAAUGGCCAACGUGGCUAUGGCCUAUGGCAGCUCCAUCGCAUCUCAUGGAAAGGACAUAGUGCACAAGGAGCUACACCGUUUUGUGUCUGUGAACAAACUCAAGUAUUUUUUCGCUGUGGACACAGCCUAUGUGGCCAAGAAGCUAGGGCUGCUCAUCUUCCCCUACACACACCAGAACUGGGAAGUGAAGUACAGUCGUGAUGUGCCUCUGCCCCCACGGCAAGACCUCAACGCCCCUGACCUCUACAUCCCUACGAUGGCCUUCAUCACCUACGUGCUGCUGGCUGGGAUGGCACUGGGCAUUCAGAAAAGGUUCUCUCCAGAGGUGCUGGGCCUGUGUGCAAGCACAGCACUGGUGUGGGUGGUGAUGGAGGUACUAGCUCUGCUCCUGGGCCUCUACCUGGCCACCGUGCGCAGUGAACUGAGCACUUUCCACCUACUGGCCUACAGCGGCUACAAAUACGUAGGGAUGAUCCUCAGUGUGCUCACAGGGCUGCUGUUUGGCAGUGAUGGCUACUAUGUGGCCCUGGCCUGGACCUCAUCUGCACUCAUGUACUUCAUCGUGCGCUCUUUGCGGACAGCAGCCCUGGGCCCUGACAGUGUGGGGGGCCCAGCCCCUCGGCAGCGUCUCCAGCUCUACCUGACUCUGGGAGCUGCAGCCUUCCAGCCCCUCAUCAUAUACUGGUUGACCUUCCACCUGGUCCGAUGACUCCUAGCCCCAGAUGGCACUGAUUUUUCCAUACAUUGAAAAUUUGGUUUCCUUGA